UAAGGACGCUGGCGCGCGGGAUUUAAACUGCAGCGGUUUAGGCGGCGUUAAUACUGUAUUAGCAGAGUCGUGGUUUCCAAGCUUCUUGCAUUUGUUUUACCUGCUGGUGUUCCCGAGUCCAUGGAGUCGCUUCACGCCCGAUUGUUUCCUGGUCUCUCCAUCAAGAUUCAGCGCAGUAAUGGCCUAAUUCACAGUGCCAAUAUAAGCACAGUGAACUUGGAGAAAUCCUGUGUUUCAGUGGAAUGGACAGAAGGAGGUAACACAAAGGGCAAAGAGAUUGAUAUUGAUGAUGUGGCUGCAAUAAACCCAGAACUCUUCCAGCUUCUUCCCUUACACCCGAAGGACAAUCUGCCUCUGCAGGAAAAUGUAACAGUCCCGAAGCAAAAACGCAGAUCGGUCAACUCCAAAAUCCCAGCUCCCAAAGAAGGUCUUCGAAGCCGGUCCACUCGCAUGUCCACUGUCCCAGAGGUUCGAAUUGCCACUCAGGAGAAUGAAAUGGAGGUGGAGCUGCCUGUAGCUACAAACUCUCGAAAGCAGUUUUCAGUUACCUCCGGCUUCCCUAGGCCCUCCUGCCCUGCAGUGACAGAGUUACCAUUGUCGAUGGUCAGCGAGGAGACAGAAGAGCAAGUCCACCCCACCCGAAGCAUGUCUUCUGCAAACCCUGGAAAUUCAGUUCGGAGGAAAUCAUGUAUUGUGAAGGAAAUGGAAAAAAUGAAGAACAAGCGGGAAGAGAAGAGGGCCCAGAACUCGGAAAUAAGAAUAAAGCGAGCUCAGGAAUAUGACAGCAGCUUUCCAAACUGGGAGUUUGCCCGGAUGAUUAAAGAGUUUCGGGUUACUAUGGAAUGUCACCCACUUACUGUGACUGAUCCUAUUGAGGAACACAGGAUCUGUGUCUGUGUUAGGAAGCGCCCACUGAAUAAACAAGAACUGGCCAAGAAAGAAAUCGAUGUGAUUUCUGUUCCCAGCAAGUAUUUCCUCUUUGUGCAUGAACCCAAAUUGAAAGUGGACUUGACAAAGUAUCUGGAGAACCAGGCGUUCUACUUCGACUUUGCCUUCGAUGAAACAGCUUCAAAUGAAGUUGUAUACAGGUUCACAGCAAGGCCACUGGUGCAGACAAUUUUUGAAGGGGGAAAAGCAACUUGCUUUGCCUAUGGGCAGACAGGCAGUGGGAAGACUCACACAAUGGGUGGAGACCUGUCUGGGAAAUCUCAGAAUGCAUCUAAAGGGAUCUACGCAAUGGCUUCCCGGGAUGUCUUCCUUUUGAAGAGUCAGCCUCGCUACCGGAACUUAAACCUGGAAGUUUAUGUGACAUUCUUUGAGAUCUACAAUGGGAAGGUGUUUGAUCUGCUCAACAAGAAGGCCAAGUUACGUGUACUAGAAGACAGCAAGCAACAGGUGCAGGUCGUGGGACUGCAGGAGUACCUGGUUAACUGUGCUGACGAUGUCAUCAAGAUGCUCAACAUGGGCAGCGCCUGCAGGACUUCUGGACAAACAUUUGCCAACUCCAAUUCCUCCCGCUCCCAUGCCUGCUUCCAGAUUCUUCUUCGAGCCAAAGGGAGAUUACAUGGCAAAUUCUCUCUGGUAGAUCUGGCAGGGAAUGAACGAGGGGCCGACACUUCUAGUGCUGACCGGCAGACUCGCAUGGAGGGUGCAGAGAUUAACAAGUCUCUCCUAGCUCUGAAGGAGUGCAUCAGGGCGCUGGGACAGAACAAGGCUCACACCCCAUUCCGUGAGAGCAAGCUGACCCAGGUGCUGAGGGACUCGUUCAUUGGCGAGAACUCGAGGACGUGCAUGAUUGCCAUGAUCUCACCAGGCAUAAGCUCCUGUGAAUACACGUUGAACACGCUGAGAUACGCAGACAGAGUCAAGGAGCUGAGCUCCCACAGCGGGCCCAGUGGAGAGCAGCCAACUCAAAUGGAGACAGAGGAGAUGGAGGCCAGCUCUAAUGGAACCUCGCUGGCAGUUGAUUUCACCAAGGAAGAGGAGGAGCUGUCUUCCCAGAUGUCCAGCCUUAAUGAGGCCAUGACUCAGAUCACGGAGCUGGAAGAGAGGGCCAUGGAGGAGCUCAAGGAGAUCAUACAGCAAGGACCAGGCUGGCUUGAGCUCUCUGAGAUGACCGAUCAGCCUGACUACGACUUGGAGACCUUUGUGAGCAAAGCAGAGUCUGCCCUGGCUCAGCAGGCUAAGCACUUCUCAGCCCUGCAAGAAGUCAUCAAGGCCCUGCGCCUGGCCAUGCAGCUGGAAGAACAGGCUAGCAAGCAAAUGAGCAGCAAGAAACGGCACCAGUGAUGACUUCAAAUAAAGAUCUCUUUGGUAUCACACCAGCCUCUUCCCCUCCCCAGCAGACUUUGGGCACCUUUGGCUUUGGUUAGGGACUGAGUUGGAUGGGUUUUGGUAAAUGCCAGGUAAGAGGCAUCAGGCCCAGGAAAGCUAGGGGAGGAGGAAAUGUGUUCUCUUCCUCAGUUUGGAGCCGGAGGAAGGAGCUUUUCAUGACUGUGCUUCCCCGUUUCCUCCCUACCGGAGGGGAGUGCUGUUUGGGUAGAACGGAUGGAUGCUCCUAGAGAACCUGCCAGGUCCAGGCUAUGGGAGAGAAGUGGGUCCUCGUCGUGCUCCGCUGCCUUUGGCCUGCAGUAUCACCCCUGUUUUGAGCACACUCAUGUUUUAUACUUACAGAAAAAAAGUUUUUUUAGUUUUUGAAGCCCAAGAAAAUCUAUUUCGUGCUUUACGUAUUUUAUGUUGUACCUAACAAUAAAGAAAGAAAAGGUCAGACUCUGUCGGAGAAACUUCAGUCUCUUGAGCCUUUAAGACCAAGGACGCUGCUUCCACCUUGGGCUCUGAGUCUCUUUUCUUCCUAGGAAACCAAGUCCACACUUGUGGUUUCAGCAACAGGCUGAAGUUCCACCCUUUGGUUUGUCUUAAGUAGGCUAGUACUGAGCUCCAGACCCUGGGCCAGGAGCUCUAAGUGAAUGGGGUGGAGUUGCAUUGCGCUCUGCUCUGUAGCCCUAGCUACAAAGCACAGGGGAUUAAACAUGCUAGGUAAACACUCCCAGUACAGCUGGGUUCCUACUUUUGUGUUGGAGUCUUCAGCUGAGAAGCGAGAAAGGUGAUUUAUUGUUACACUUGGCCACAGUGAGAACAGAACUGUUAGUGCAGAAUGCCUCAGGUCCAGGGCAGAGGGCCAGCCGGACUGUCUUGGGUAUAAAGUAGACAGUCAAGUCUCUGGUGGUCUCUGAGCCGGUGGUCAUGUUCCAGAUCUCGGAGACUCAUGACUGACAGCAGCACACAGUCCACGACUUGUCCCAGCGUCCCGUCCUUCAGUCCCUCACUCUGCCCCUGCAGCCUUUGUGGGACACAAGCUAAACUUCUUGCACCUCUGCCUCAUCUUUCCUCUCUUGACUUGAGCCUGGGCGUUCACUCUCAUGGUGCAGGAGUUUUGAGGAAGGUGGCGCUAAGGCCGUCUUGGCACAUUCUUACUUUUGAGACAAUGUCCCACUAAGUCUCUGGCCUUCAAUGUGUGAUCCUCCCUCCUCAGCUCUGCAUUUAGCAGGGAUACAGCCUGCGGCACCAGGCCUGGCUUAGUCUGCUCAAGACAUAUUGAGAAACUGGUAACGCUGACAAAGAAGCCACUUGACUUCCUAAAGAGAAAAGGCAUCUGAAGGGAAAAUUAGUAUGGUUUUGCAAAAUAAUUAGUUUGUCAGGUGGACUGAGGAACCAAGCUUAAGGCAUGGGUGUUUGGGCAUGAUAUGCUAUUGAUAAA